GGUGAUGAGCGUCGCGUCCCCACACCUCCUUAUCUCACAGUUCAGCUGGUCCUCGCGAAGGAGCAUUCGCUCGUGAUUCACUCGGCCUGUUGUGUCUCGUGCGGAGGGAGUUGUGUCCACCACCUACACAUACGCAUGACACGGUAAAGAUCGGAUACCUGCACCGUUUUGUUGGACAUUCCACGACUGCCGGGUGGAAUGAGUUUUAUCAAAGCUUGGAGACGUAACUCAACGAAAAAUGAGAGUUCAAAGGAUACCCUGCAGGUAAAGGACAUCCCUGAUGGCAACAACUCGCCAACACGGUUGCCUGUCAUUAGCAGUGAGGAGCUGGACCCCGUCAUCACAGACUUUAAGUUACAGUUACCAGACAACAAUGGCGGACUCCCUCCCUCUCCAUCCAAGAGGUCUGAGAAGUCGGAACUGUCUUUGACGCUUGAGGACUGCAUGGUGGCUCUCGACCUGUUCCUGCAAAAUGACUUUGAAGGAGCGUUAUCACGGCUCAAGACCAGGACCAAAGACAGUAUGUACCAUGCGCUGACCUACGCCACCAUCCUGGAGAUGCAGGCCAUGAUGACCUUCAACCCUGAAGACAUCCUGACAGCCGGCAACACCAUGAAAGACGCCCAGGCUGUCUGCCAGAGGUUUAGGAAGAAGUCUACCUUCAACAGCAAAAACUUCACAGAAGAGGAGCUCCAUGCAGAAGUGUGCUAUGCAGAAUGUCUCCUACAGAGGGCAGCGCUCACCUUCCUCCAGGAUGAAAAUAUGAUCAGUUUCAUCAAAGGGGGUAUUAAAGUGAGAAACAGCUACCAGAUAUACAAGGAGCUCCACACAGUUCUCCAGUCCUCGGGUUUCGCCCAAGGCGACAACCACGGUCAUUUUGAGGGAGGGGUGAAGCUGGGAAUCGGGGCCUUCAACCUGAUGCUGUCUCUGCUGCCCACAAGGACACUCAGACUUCUGGAGUUUGUGGGCUUCUCUGGCAACAAGGAGUUUGGUCUGCAUCAGCUGCAGGAGGGGGCGGUGGAUCGCACCUUCAGGUCCUUCCUCUGCAACAUGCUGCUGCUCUGCUACCACACCUUCAUGAGCUUCAUCCUGGGGACGGGGGAGGGGGAUGUGGACGAUGCCGAGAAACUGCUGCAGCCCUAUCUGAAGCAGUACCCCAAGGGAUCAAUCUUUUUGUUCUUCGCUGGCCGAAUAGAGGAAAUCAAAGGAAACCUAGAUGCUGCUAUCAAGCGUUUCGAGGAGUGCUGCGAGGCCCAGCAGCACUGGAAGCAGUUCCAUCACAUGUGCUACUGGGAGCUCAUGUGGUGCUUCACCUACAAGAGGCACUGGAAGAUGGCCUACUUCUACGCAGACCUGCUCAGCAAGGAGAACGCCUGGUCCAAGGCCACAUACGCCUACAUGAAGGCAGCCUACCUCAGCAUGCUGACUCCUGAUGACAGGCUGACGUUUGGUGAAAGUGAGAUCAGCCUCUUCAGGCAAGUUCCUGGACUGAAACAGAAGAUUGCUGGGAAGUCUUUGCCUACCGAAAAGUUUGCUAUCCGGAAAGCUCGGCGGUACAAUGUGGAAAGACCAGUUCCUCUUCCUGCUCCACCUCUGGAGAUGAUGUACAUCUGGAACGGCUACACGGUGAUCGGCAAACACAAGGACCUGACGGAGGGCAUGCUGAAGACCCUGGAUGAGGAACAGCAGAAGCUGGAGACUCACCCAAGGACGGACUUCACCAUCGAUGACCAGUGUGUGAUCAGCCUCCUGAAGGGCCUCUGCCUCAAACACCUGGGGCACUACGAGGAGGCUGAGCACUACUUCACACUCGUCCUCUGCAAUGAGUCGCAGAUCAAGUAUGACCACUACCUGGUUCCCAAUGCGCUGCUGGAGCACGGUCUGCUUUGCCUGGAGCAGGGCCGGAGAGAAGAAGCCGUUAAACUGCUGGAGGCGGCCAAGCAGAACUACAAGAACUACUCCAUGGAGUCGCGGACGCACUUCCGCAUCCAAGCUGCUCUGCACAAAGCCAGGGGUCCCGUGGGGGUGAACGGGGAGAACUCUACACCGACCAGCCCGUAGCCCAGCUAGCCUAACCUAGCCUAGCCUAGCUUAGCUCACCUUAGCUUACCUUCACUAUUAUCUGACUGGAGGUGCAAACGUGGAACCAAGAGAUCUAUCUGGAGGAUGAUGGUGGAAUGAAUGGGCAUGAUGAGCCGCUAUUGUAUACCACUGGAAACAGCCAGACUAGACUGCACUACUAUGGGACUGGCCUCACUUGGUCUGGCCUGGCCUGGCCAUGAUCCUCUCAGAUCAUCUUCAUUUCUGAAGAACUCUCGUUGUCUUUAUCACACCUUCACACACACACACACACACACACACACACACACACACAUACAUGCAAGUACGUACACACAGGCGCGCACGCGCACACACACACACACAUUCUUUCUUUCUUUCUUUCUCUCUCUCUCUCUCUCUCUCUCUCUCUCUCUCUCUCUCUCUCUCUGUCACUCUCUCACUCACUCGCACGCACACACACACACACACACACACACAUACAUCCGGAAUUCUACACGAUUGCAUUCAAAUGUAAAUACGUAACUAAUCAAACAAUGAGUCUAUUAAUCAAUACUUGUAUGCCCCCAUAAGGGAAAUUUUAGCAAGCAGAAAACAGAUCUACUCUCUCACCAAAACCCAUCUGGUCAUUCAGCAGAGCUGAGAGCUUGGCUAGCUGCACAAGCUGUAAAAUUGUGUUGAAUACACACACACACACACACACACACACACACACACACACACACACACACACACACACACACACACACACACACACACACACACACACACACACACACACAGUACAUGCUAAAAAAAUAGAUACACAAUAUCCCUUGGUGAUAUGCAUCAGUGGUGGUGUCCACAGUUACAGUAUGGCGUGGAGUCAGCUCUGCUCAGCAGGUUUGGAUUAGGAUGCACAUGGAUGGGCACGGAGGAAGCUCCACCAGAUCCAUAUGCUCUCCUGCUCCCAUCAACAGUGUAACCUAAUCCCAGUAGCCAUCCACCUACUGUAAUACCGCUACAUAUGCAAUAGCCAAUCAGCUCACAUUAUUACAAAUAUUUAAAGAUGCUUUACCCUUCACCAAACACACACACACACACACACACACACACACACAUACACCAUAUGACUAGAUACACACAAACGCACACACCCAACUUCAUAACUAGGUACUUGUGCAUUGGGAUGUGCAUAAUCGUCCUCCUUAACAAACUCUAGGUACACAUCAACACAUGCGGCCGGCCCACUUCAUCACUAGGUACUGGUGUGGUGGUCUUCACACACUGGCUCAAGAGACUUGGUGUUCUCAUCAUCAACCCACAUUAUUAUGGUCAUUGUGGAUGCUUUACACCAUGGGUGUCAAACACAAGGCCCGAGGGGCGGAUGCGCCCCACUAGAUGGUUUAAUUCGGCCCCACACAUGUAGAGAAAACAAAACUAAGAAUGUCAAAAUAGGAGGUAAAUCUCUAGCUCAUUACAAUAUUUGCUUCAGUUUUGGUCACAGGAGGAAGAACUCUCUUCCUCCUCCUGUGUUGUACAAUACCCAGAACCCACGCACCCACAAGGCCUGGAGUAAUUGACGCGACAUCCUUCCUGACCUAACUGGACCUUCAGUUUUGGUCGCCAUUUACAGUCAAUGAUCCUGAUAUGACCUGUUGUCAUACACCUCGACAUUAUUGACUAGUAAUACGAUUUCAAUUUGAAGCAAAAAUGUGCGCCAUUUCGCAAUAAUGUUACUGGUCCCGCCCCACUUGAGCUAAAAUAGGCUGUAUGUGGCCCCUAAACCAAAAUGAGUUUGACACCCCUGCUUUACACUGUACACAGUUGGAGCUACUUAUUUUUUCCCCUUCCAUGUACAUGCCAUGCAACUUCCAUGGGACCUCCAAUGUGUUCAUUCGUGGGUGAAUAGAGAUUACCCAAACCUCGCAAGGACCUUGCAUGGCGUGCAGGCAAGGAAACAUGGUACCAAAUUAGUGACUCCUAUUGUACUGUAUAACAUGUCAGCAAUGUGUGUUUCUAUUUCUGUUUAGACCCAAGUGAAAGUGUGGUGAUUUGGGUGUUUAUUCGUCCAUUCCUUUUUUGUAUUUAUUCUUGACAACGGCUGCGUUUUUUCUUUUCACAAUUGUUCUGUUGUUGAGAGGAGAGAAUCGAUGAUUGUGUCUUUUUUAGAAAAGGCAGAGCCACUCUCCGCUUUCAGGCGGGCGGUGUGGACUCCAUCCAGAUAGUGCUUGAGGGCCCAGACAAGCGAGCCUUUGAGAUAUCUGCCCGGGAGUCCACGUCUGCCAGCUUCAUCCACCUAAGUAAAGCCUUGACAGCCUGCCUGAGACACAUGCGCAUGCACACACGCACACACACACACACACAC